CACCCUUGCUUCGAACUUCACAAACCAUAAACAGAAGGCUGGUGCUCUGUGAUCGGAAUUUACCUGAUGUAUUGACAGCCUUAUCGCUUUUAGUCACCAAAUUCUAAGCCAACUAAAUUGAGACAUGGCUGGUUUACCACCGGGAGAUCCGCAGCUGGUCUCAAUGAUCGUAAAUCAUUUAAAAACCCAGGGACUCUUUGACCAGUUCCGGAGGGACUGUUUGGCAGACGUUGACACAAAGCCAGCCUACUUGAAUCUGAAACAACGAGUGGACAACUUUGUCUCCAAUCACCUCUCCAAUCACACAUGGAGCCCUCAUUUGAACAAAAACCAACUGAGAAACAACAUCAGACAGCUUGUCCUGCAAUCUGGGAUGCUGGAGCAGGGAGUGGACAGGAUUGUGGCCCAGGUGGUGGAUCCUAAAAUCAACCAUAUCUUUAGGCCGCAGGUGGAGAGGGUUGUCCGUGAAUUUCUGUCCCCUGGCAGCUGCUCUGAGGAGCCACCAGCCCCUCUGCUUUCAACAGAGGUCAAACCAGACAGCAGCAUUCCUGAGCAGGCCUCAACAUCGACUCCAACUACCACUGCCAGCGACGCCAUGUCCAUCCUGGACACUAUAACUUCUCUAAACCAAGAAGCUAGCGUCAGAGCCAGCUCGGCACCCGAAAAAGCACGUAAAAGUCAAUCGGCAGAUGACUUCAUGCAGGUGAUGGUGGAGGAUAGCGAGCAGGACAUGAGUAUUGUUGAGGAAGGUGACAGUCACCAAGUGGUAAAGCCACUGGAAGAAGAAGAGGAAGCAAAACUGUCAGCUGAGGUUCAGGCAUUAGAGGUAAAGACAGAGGAAACACAGGAAGAGGUGGAACUGGGAAAAGAGCCGUUAAAGGAGGAUGUGAAAAUGGAAGAUGAGGAGUCUGUGGCUCAGGAGCAGACAGAGGAUGAGAAGGAUAAAACAGCAGGCAAAGUCAGUGGAAAACCCUCAGAAGAAAAACAGGAUGAUGAUCUAUUGAAAUCUACAAGCAAGGCUAAACAGAAGGCCAGAGAGAGGAUAAAAGAAGAGUAUUCUUUGGAGGACUCUGACCUGGAAGGUCUGAGUGACAUCACAGUGAGCUCUGUCCACACCAGCGACCUGUCCUCAUUCGAGGGGGAAAGUGAAGAUGAGCAGCAGCUGUCUGAUUCUUCUGAAGAGGGCGAGCUUCCACCUGAUGAUGAAGGUGAGAGGGAAGAAAAAAAACACAGCACUGGAGACACAGGAGAUGAAGACAAAGAGCGUAAACCUCGCCGCAAGGCCUAUGUUCACAAGCCCUUCCUCUACUCCCGUUACUAUAGCGACUCAGAUGAUGAGAUCACUGUGGAGGAACGUCGUCGUUCUGCGGCGAAGGACAAAGAAGAACGGCUGCUCAAGAGACAACAGAACAGAGAGCGAAUGGAAGAGAAGCGCAAACAGAAAGCAGCACAGGCUGAAGAGCAAGAUAACAAAAAACAAAAGAGCAGCGACUCCGCUGCCCUCGAAGGCCCCGGAGCCAAAGAAGCCCGCAAAGAGAGGAAAGUUCUGGAGAAAAAAAUGGCUCUCAACAGGAAGAGAAAACUAGACUCAAGGAAAGAGGGAGAUGUUUCAGGCAAAAAGAAAGGAGACACGAGAGACGUUGUAAAGAAAACGGAAGUGAAAUCUACCACCUCAAAGACACCACAACAUAAGCUGAUGAAAAAUCUGUCUGAACCUUCAUAUUCUGAUGAGCGAUACAGAGGGACAAGCGGCAGCAUCUCAGAAGAUUCCAGCGAUGCAAAGAAGAUAGCUGACAAAGGAAGGACACACUCCUUCAUCUUGGAGCUGGAGCUAGGCUCCCAAGAGGCUCUCAGACAACGAUCGGUUGGAAAAUUUGACCGUCUGUCUCACAAAGAGCUUCACUCCAAAGAACGCAAAGAGAAAGAACGCAGCUUGUCCGAUGAACGUGCCAAGCUCAAACAGAAGCAGGAGAAAAAAUCUGAACAUCAGGCGGAUGAAUCUCAGCAGAAGGAAGGCAGUGCUGUUAAAGUAUCCUCUGAAGAGAAAGCUGAGAAGAAGCCCAAGAUCAAAAGUGAGAAGAAGAUCACAGGAAGUACAAAAGAAGGCAAGGUGUCUGAAAAUGUUUCUGAAGACGGAGGUUCUAAAGAUCCAAAGAAGGUGAAGACUUCAUCUGUGGAGGCUAUCAAAACGGAGAAGGACAAGAAUAAGGACAAAGAUAAGAUCAAAGAAAAGGAAAAGGCCAAAGGGGAGAGAACCUCGGUUAAAAGUGAUUUCAAGCAGCUGCUUCGCCCUGAUUCUGCAGGUUCCUCUGAGGAUCGAUCCGACAUGGAGCCUGAGUCAAACAGCAGCAAGAAGAAAGAUAAACACUCCAAGGACGUCAUGAAAAAGCCAAAGAGCCACAGUGAGGACAGGCCUGGAGAUAAACUCAAAUCUAAAACUGACAGUAAAGACAGCGAGAAGGAAAAAACAAAAGCAGAUCAAGAUGGACAGAAAUUACACAGGUCAAGCUCAGAAAGUGACAAAGAUCCAAAAAGGGUCAAAUCAUCAGAAAAAGGAAGAAUUUUAGAAAAAUCAAAAUCAAAAUCCAAAGAGGAGGCGAAGACUCCAGUGCUGCCAAAGACGGAGAAGAGAGUUCACAGUCCGGAUGUCAAAAGUGCAGGAAUUUCAUGCGUCAGCAAACCUGAAGCAACAAAAGAGAAGAAGAAAGAGGGAAAUGCAAAAGACCAGAGCAAAGUCUCUGAAGAAUCUUCACAGGAGAGAUCUGACAGUAAAAGUGCAAAGAAAAAGCUGGAGAAGAAGGAUAAAGUUUCAGAAAAGAAAGAUGAGAGUCAAGAAGAGAAAGCACCAAGAGAGGAGAAACUGGAAAAGUUGGAUAAAUCCCCUUCGGUUUCCUCUCUGAGUCUUGAGACGGAUGAUCCGCCAAAGAAACGACCUCUUCUCCAAGACACAAGCACAGACUCCGAUCCCGUCACCACCACCGUCACCACGUUGUUCUCAGACGAUACCUGUGACGCCUUGAGCGACAUCACCCCCGAGCCGCCCGAGGGAGAGACGGAGUCACGCCUGUGCGAGAUGCCAGCUGUGCCUGCAGAGGCCGACGCCCUGCUGACUCUUAUGGACGUCUGCACGUCAGCAGAGGCGAGACUUCCACCUGAGAACACCCGAGAGGAUGUGACAUCCGAGAUGGAGCUUCAGGAUGCUGAUAUGAAGAUGAAAGAGGCAGCUCUGACUCUGCUCUCCAUGGAUCCCGACAGCACAGUGUCCACCAGCUUACUGUGCCAAGAAGCAAGAGAAGAGUCGGCGGUCAAUCCGCCCGCCCCACAACCAAUGGAGACAACUACAGCUGAAGAGGAGCAGCUUCCUCCUAUGGAAGUGCACACGGCUGCUGAAACUGAGUCCCCGGCUGCUGAAACUGAGUCCCCGGCUGCUGAAACUGAGUCCCCGGCUGCUGAAACUGAGUCCCCGGCUGCUGAGCCAUCACCAGUUGCAUCUCAAGAACCCGAUGAGCUUGCUGAUGUAAAAUCAGACAUUGCAGAUGAGUCAGAAAGCACAGAGGUAAACAUGGUCAUUUCAGAUGUUGAAACCUCUAAGACUUUGGCUCUAAAGGAGGAUGAAGCUACUGCAGAUGAAAUUCCUUCAAAAGAAGCUGAAAAUACUGAAAUAUUUCCUGAAAUGCAGUCGGAUGAGAAACCAGCAGUAACACCUGAAGAGGCUGCUGUUGCUGUGUGUGAAACCGAACAGCCCACAGGAAGCACAGAGGAAAACACGGUGGCUGGAGUUCCCAACACCACUGAAGAAUUUACUGAAACUCCUGGUGAACAAGAACAACCAGAGCCAGAUGAUGUCGUCACAAAGGAAAACCUCGAGGCAGAGGAGGCGGCAGGUGACGAGGAUGGGACCAAGACGGACAUAAUUAACAGUGAAGCUGAGAGUAAGUCAGUGGAGGAAGGAAAUGUCUCAGCAGAGAAAAGCGAUCCACAGACUAUGGAAACCAGUGUCCCAGACAAGACUGAGGAGGCCAGAGAAUCUGAGUCUAAGCUAGUCAAACAAAUCAGUAAUGUCUCCAGCGCAGAUAGCCAAGAUGAUGAGAAAGGCUCAGAUCUCUCAGAAAAGGAGGAGAAAACGGAGGGAAGAGGAAGGCGGAAACGAAAGCUGUCCAAUCAGAAAGCUGCAGCAGAGAAAGAGUCUGGUGAGGAGGCGAAUGAGCAGCUGCCUGCUGAGGAGAAGCCAGUGGAGGUAAAAACCCCUCGCAGGGGACGAUCGUCCAAACCCACAGAGGAGGAGACGAAAGACGAACCAACACAAGUGGAGAAGUUGGAGGAGACUCCGAGCCGCAGGCGGAGACGAUCAGCACCCAAAGAAGCCGCAGCUGAUAAGCAGAAAGAAGACGAAAAUAAAGUUGUUGAAAGUCCCGAACAAACCUCAUCGGAGAAAGUUGCAGAGACGGAAGCAGUGGAAGAGAGAACUGAAGAGAAAAAUGAACCAAUCAAAAGUGAGGUCAGUCUGCUGCCGUCUGUUCCAGAGGACGGCGAAGGAGCAGCAAGUGCCAAAUGCAGCGAUCCUGCUGACACCAGUGAACAAACAGUGGAGACCAAAGAAUCGGAGGAAAUGGAGGUGUGUGAAUGUGUGGAGGAAGCUCGAGCUCCGGAGGAGGUGGUGCAGGACAACAGUGGACAGGAACAAAAUGAGCGACAGCCUGAUAAAGACAGUGGCUGUUCCCCUUCUGCGAGUCAGUCAGAGGCUCACGAGGAUGUAAAAGAGCAGAGCUGCAGCGAGAAGAAGACACAAGACGGCGGGGAAGAGCAACAGCAAGAGGACCAAGAGACGACUCCAAAGCGGACUGGUCGGAGGGGACGGCCAUCAAAGGCAGCAGCUACAGAGGAUUCAGAUAAAAAGGUCAAAAAAGCAGAGGAGAAGGACAGUGAGCAGAAUGAGGAGGAAGAGGAGGAAGAUGAAGGUGAGAAAGAAGGAGAGGAAGAAAAAGAAACUGCAACUAGAGCCACAACACGGUUGGCUUCUCGCCGGGAAGCUGAAAGAAACAAGCCAAGUAAACCAUCCACCCGGGCAAGCAGACAGAACGGUAAAGAGGAGACCGCAGCUGGCACACGCGGGACGAGGGGCCAGGCGGCAGCAGCUGCAGCGAAAGGGGGCCGUAAGCGGGAGACCAGCCCUCCUGCUGUGCGAACGCGGGGAGGACAGAAAUCAGAGGAGCCCCCUUCCAAAAGAGCCAAACGCUAGGAUGCCUGACAGCGGCACAACGGUUUGCCCCAGCGGUGUUGUUUUUACACUCCAUAUUUGAAGAGCCUCUGCAGUCAGGCACGUAAAGCUGUUUCUGCUUCGCUGGCUGCAGAUAUCGAAGAGCUCUGGAUAGUAUUAUGCACUCUCCUCUGAUGGUUGAGUGUAAACCUGAGGAUCUGUGUAAGAAUCCCCCAGAAUACCUUCUGCAGCUCUGCACACAUAUGGUUUGGAUCAGACUUCAUAUUUCACCAUUUAUUCAGUAAUGCCCAGUGAGUAUUUCAGCCCAAUCAGAAGCCUAAUGUGCAGCCAAGUUGUGCUUUGUGAUAAAGAGGGUGAAGUCUGCAGAUUGUGUCUCAUAUACACACUUGUACGUAGAAAUCAGCAAUUUGUGAAUUUUAUAAGUGCAUUUUCAUUCUGUGAAUGAAACAAGAUGUUUUACUCCUAGUUUUUUUUUAUGUAAUAGUCAGAAGUUAAAGAAAGGAUUUUGGUUUGUUUUUUUUGUUUUUUUAUUCCACAUUUUAAAUUGAUUUAAGACCUCAAAGACGGGGCAAAACUUGAGUCUUUCAUUACAUAGUUUACUCCUGGUUUUUACUCACUAAAUGAAGAUCAUCUAGUUAUUUUUAUUGUUACACAGUUAGCCAUCAGUAUGUAUUAAUGUAAAGCCGGAAUUUCAACAAGUUUCUUUUUUAAAUAUAUAUUAAAAAACCCCACAAAUAACAUAUUUGUUGUUCCCUUGCUACAUUAAAAGCA